UAGUUUUAAUAAAAUAAAAAGGUGAGAAAAAAAAAAAAGAAAGGAACUGAAGUCUGAAGAAGGAAAUGAAGGAAGGAAAAUAAAAAGGAAAAGAAGGAAAAAACGCGUUUUCUCAAAAGAGCACACUGUUUAAUCCUUUCUGUAAACAGGCCCCAAAUUAGGGUUAGGGUUUUCAGGGAGAAAAAAUAUCCCUGUCUUUACUCUCCGACUAGUGAAAGAGUAGGGCUUAGGGUUUUGGAGACCCUUUUGGGGGUUCUAAAAUGGGUUCCAUUUGUUUUUCUUCUUCAGUUAUCAAAUGGUUCUCUUUUAACAAAUUGAAGUUGUUAUUUGUCUUUUGGGUCCUCGCUUCAUCGCUAAAUGGAGUAGUUUUGGGUCAUUCGGACAAAUCGGUGCUGUUGGAGUUCAGGAACUCGGUGUCUGACCCAUCAGGGCUGCUUUCUAGCUGGAAUCUAAUCAACUCCAGCCACUGCUUUUGGCCUGGCGUAUCCUGCGACAAGGACUUGCGUGUCUUGUCCCUCAACAUCACGGGCCACCGAAAUAUCAGAGGUAAGAACAGUGAAAAUGGAAGUCGUUUCUUUUGCUCUGGUUCUGUUCAGUAUCCACUUUAUGGUUUUGGAAUUAGGCGAGACUGUCGGAGUGGUUAUGGUACUUUGGAGGGCAAAUUGAUACCUGCGAUUGCCAAGUUAGCUGAACUUAGGGUUUUAUCAUUGCCCUUUAAUGGUUUUCGUGGGGAGAUACCUGGUGAAAUAUGGAGCAUGCAGAAGUUAGAGGUUCUUGAUCUGGAGGGCAAUAUGGUAACUGGGUCAUUGCCAAUUUCCUUUGCAGCAUUACGAAAUUUGCGAGUUUUAAAUUUAGGAUUCAACAAUAUAGGAGGAGAAAUACCGAGCUCACUUUCUCAUUGUACAAAUUUAGAGAUCCUAAAUUUAGCUGGUAACAGCAUUAAUGGUACAAUCCCUGCGUUUGUUGGUAGGUUUAGGGGCGUGUAUUUGUCUUUGAAUCAACUUGGUGGAGCGGUGCCUGGAGAAAUUGGAGACAAUUGUAAGACACUUGAAAACUUGGAUUUGUCUGGAAAUUUCUUUGUUGGAGGGAUUCCUGGUAGUCUAGGGAAAUGUGGUAAUAUGAGGACAUUAUUAUUGUAUUCAAAUUUGUUCGAAGAAGUGAUUCCUUCUGAACUUGGUAUGCUCAGAAAUCUUGAAGUGUUGGAUGUAUCAAGAAAUAGUCUUAGUGGGUCAAUACCUCGUGAGCUUGGAAAUUGCUCUGGAUUGUCUGUGCUUGUGCUUUCAAAUAUUUUUGAUCCAUAUGAGAAUGUUAACAGUUCGAGAAGGGACCACUUGUUGGAUCAAUUGAGUUCUGCAAAUGAAGAUUUUAACUUUUUUCACGGGGAAAUUCCUUUGGAAAUUUUGACUCUUCCAAACCUGAGGAUGUUGUGGGCGCCAGGUGCAACUCUAGCGGGCAGCUUGCCAAGUAACUGGGGUGCUUGUGAGAAAUUGGAGAUGGUCAAUUUGGCCUCUAACUUUUUCAGUGGGGAAAUUCCCCAUGAGUUAACUCGCUGCAAUAAGUUGUGGCAUCUGGAAUUGAGUUACAAUAGGCUCAAGGGAAAGCUUUUUGAGGAGCUCCCAGUUCCUUGUAUGACUGUGUUCGAUGUUAGUGGAAAUUCCCUGUCUGGUUCAAUCCCCAGUUUCUACAAUGGCAGUUGCCAAUCAGUUCCUUCAAUUUAUGGAUAUCCUUCUGGCAUGUAUGAUCCAUCAUCUGCUUAUCUAUCCUUUUUUGCAAAUAAAGCCAAGUCUGGAAGUCCUGUACAGUCAUUUGAGGGAGAUGGUGAAAUUGUAAUCCUUCAUAACUUUGGGGGCAACAACUUUACUGGUAGUCUUCAGUCUAUGUCAAUUGCACCUGCAAGAUUAGGAAAGCAAACCACUUAUGCAUUUUUAGCCGGAGAAAACAAGCUGACUGGGCCAUUCCCAGGGAUUUUGUUUGAUAAGUGCAAUGAAUUGGACAAAUUAAUUCUUAAUGUUAGCAACAACAGAAUGGCUGGUCAGAUUCCAGCUGAUAUUGGUACAAUAUGCAGAUCUCUCAAACUUCUGGAUGUGUCUAACAAUCAGAUUGUUGGUUUCAUUCCUCUAAGUGUUGGUGAAAUGGUGUCUUUAGUUUCUCUUAACUUGAGUUGGAACCUUUUGCAAGGUCAGAUUCCCACCAGACUCAGCCAAAUAAAGGGCCUGAAGUAUCUUUCCUUGGCCGGUAAUAAAAUGAAUGGUUCUAUCCCUUAUAGCUUGGGCGAGUUGUGGUCUUUAGAGGUGCUGGAUCUUUCUUCAAACAUGCUAUCUGGAGAGAUUCCAAACAAUCUUGUGAACUUGAGAAACCUUACUGCUCUUCUGCUCAAUGACAAUAAACUUUCUGGGCAGAUUCCAUCUGGUUUGGCAAAUGUGACUAUGCUCUCAGCAUUCAAUGUGUCCUUCAACAACUUAUCUGGGCCCCUGCCAUUGAGUAACAAUCUGAUGAAAUGUAGUAGUGUUCUUGGAAACCCCUAUCUAAGCCCUUGCCAUGUUUUCUCCCUAACAGUUCCAACUCCAGAUCCAGGAACUGCUACUGUGGCGCAAGGCUACAUUGUUUCCCCACCAAGUCAGAGCCAAAAGAGUGGGAACAAUGGUUUCAAUUCAAUUGAGAUAGCAUUGAUAGCAUCUGCAUCAGCAAUUGUUUCAGUUCUCCUAGCUUUGAUUGUCUUAUUCUUCUACACCAGAAAGUGGAGACCGAAGUCUAAAAUUAUGGGAUCCACCAUAAAGGAAGUAACAAUCUUUACAAACAUUGGGGUCCCCUUGACAUUUGAGAAUGUCGUGCGGAACACUGGGAGCUUCAAUGCAAGCAACUGCAUUGGCAAUGGUGGAUUUGGGGCUACUUACAAGGCAGAGAUAUCUCCUGGAGUUCUAGUGGCAAUCAAACGGCUUGCUGUAGGACGAUUCCAGGGUGUUCAGCAGUUUCAUGCUGAAAUUAAAACCCUCGGGAGGCUCCACCAUCCAAAUCUUGUCACAUUGAUUGGUUAUCAUGCCAGUGAAACAGAAAUGUUCCUCAUAUAUAAUUAUUUACCUGGCGGUAAUUUGGAAAAGUUUAUCCAGGAAAGGUCUACAAGGGCUGUGGAUUGGAGGAUACUUCACAAGAUUGCUUUGGACAUAGCUUGUGCACUUGCCUACCUGCAUGAUCAGUGUGUACCGCGUGUACUUCAUCGGGAUGUCAAGCCCAGCAAUAUCCUUCUAGAUGAUGAUUUCAAUGCCUAUUUAUCUGACUUCGGUUUGGCUAGGCUUUUGGGAACUUCUGAAACCCAUGCUACUACAGGUGUGGCUGGAACAUUUGGUUAUGUUGCCCCAGAAUACGCAAUGACUUGCCGUGUUUCAGAUAAGGCUGAUGUUUACAGUUAUGGGGUUGUGCUUCUAGAGUUACUAUCUGACAAGAAAGCUUUAGACCCAUCAUUUUCAUCAUACGGGAAUGGUUUCAACAUUGUUGCAUGGGCAUGCAUGCUUCUAAAGCAGGGCCGGGCAAAGGAGUUCUUUGCUUCUGGGCUAUGGGAUGCAGGUCCCCAUGACGAUCUGGUUGAAGUCUUACACCUGGCAGUUGUGUGUACCGUUGAUUCGCUCUCUACCAGGCCCACAAUGAAGCAAGUUGUGAGGCGGUUGAAACAACUUCAACCGCCCUCAUGCUAGUUGCCUUAUGAGGUUUGUAUUUGAUUAACAUGGUAAUUUUAUAGAAGGUAAAAGCCCCAUUGUAAUUUAUGCUCUCUCGGUCCUCAUUGGGGCUGCCCUUAGGUAGAGUCCAACUGUAGUUAAUCCCACUUGCAAAUUGUAAAAUAGAUGUGCCCCCAAUUUUCGAUGCUGUUUCCCUGAAUAGGGAGCUCAGUGAUGAAUCUGCAGAAGAAUGCAGAUAUCAAUUAUCCAUGCUGUAUACUGUGCAUCUCAGUUCCAUUUGUUUAAUAAAGCCAUAGAAUAGAGAUUUUCUGGGAAA